CUGACGGAUAGGUCUCUGCAAAAACAAUCAAGGACAGAGAAGCACUGACUUCAACCCAGAGUUGCCUGAUAGUAGGACAUAAAAAGGACUUCUGAGCUAGAGGAAAAUCUUUACGCUGCUGCGUCCACAUCCAGCCAUGUUGUGUGGAUAUGCCAGCCGGGCGACUGGUCUGCUCUGUGUUUGUAUUGUGAUGAUGGGAUCUAUGGGACUACCUGUGGACAACAGGAGGAACCUGUGGACAAUCCCUCAGCAGAAGAAUCCAGCUCUUUCAGAGUUCAAGAAGUAUGUACAUCAGUCACAAUCCUUAUCUGCUGGAGAGCAGGAAUUUGUCCUGAGGAGGAAACAAGUAGUUCAGAAAUCACUCAAUAAACUGGGAAUCACAUGUACACUGGAUAUGGUUCCUCACAUUGCACUGUUGGGGUCAGGCGGAGGUCAGAGAGCAGCUGUGGGUCUGAUGGGAUCCCUCUUUCAGAUGGAAAAAGACGGUUUGCUGGACACUGUGCUCUACCUGGGAGGAGUUUCUGGGUCUGCCUGGUCCAUGGCCACCUUAUACAGUGACUACCAGUGGAGCACCAACAUGGGCAAUGCUGUGUCCAGGCUGUUGAAGCCUGGGAUUGAGUUUACAGAUGUUCUGAUCUUUUUGGCCAAGAGGGCAAAAGAUGGUCAUUUCUCUCUCACUGACAUCUGGGGGGUCUUAACCUCUGCUUUCAUCAUGAAACAGUUGGAUGUCCGAAGUCUUUCUGAGGAUGGCACAAGCAUCACCAAUCCUUAUCCCAUUUACAGCACAGUGAACAAAAACUGCUUGCAACAUGAUUCUGAAAAAGGCAAAUGGUUUGAGAUGACUCCUCAUCAGGCUGGCUUUAUAGAUGUAGGUCUCUUCAUUAACACUACAAACCUGGGCAGCAGAAUCCACGGAGCCGGCUCUGACAUUAAAGGGCCAGAACUAGACAUGGUCACGCUGCAAGGCUUAGUGGGAAGUGCUUUAGCAGAUGAUGAGAGUCUGGUGAACUAUAUUCUUGACUGGUUAAAAGUUCUAGUGGGGAAGGAAGCUACUGAUGAAAACAACCCGUUGGAGUUUCUCUGGACUAAAGAGGGCAUCAAACUAAACUACACUGCAUCAUCUGAGAUGAAGAUCUUAGAACUGCAUGAUGUGAUCUUUAAGGACUGGGGUCAGAAAACCUUGGCCUCCUUGCAGUUGUGGAGUCAGAAUAUGGAUGAAGGACCAGCCAGAUAUUACGUUUCUUGGUUUAUACAAACACUCAUCGCACAGAUUAAAAAACUGGAAUGGGGGAAAACUGAAAACUUCCUGUACCAAUACCCAGAUGCCAGCGUGCCAUCAUGCAUUAGAAUUAAAGAGUUUCUGCAGCUCAUAGAUGCUGGUGUGAUGAUAAACAUGCCCUACCCCCCCUUCCUGGGAGAAAAGAGAGACACUGACGUCCUUAUUGCUCUGGAAUACGGAGCUGACGAAACCUUCAGGACUCUGAUUCUCGCCAGAGACUAUGCAGCCAAACUGAAGAAACCUUUCCCAAAGUUAGAGGAGAAAUUCCUGAAGGAGAAAGACUGGCCAAGGCCCUGCUAUGUUUUCAAGGGGAAAAAGAAGGAGCCCACCAUCGUUUACAUGCCACUCUUCAACAGGCAGAACUGCAAAGAUGAGAACGAGUUCAAAGCAAAGAUGAAGGAGUUCUCCACCUUCCAGCUUCCAUUCAGCCAGCAGAAAAUUGAGUUUUUGUUGGAGACGGUGAAAGCGAACAUGAGGUACAGCAAGGACACUCUCCUCAGGGAAAUAGCCAAGGCUGUCAUCCGCCGACACAUCAAGGCUUCAGGUGGCUUCCCGCUAUGGUCACUGGCUUCAGAUGUGCAACACUUUACUGGAGUUCUGAAAACGACGGAUCAAGGUGACAAACAGGAAGCAGCUCAACCCUAAGCUGUUAUGAAGUGCUUCGUAUGUGUCUUUUUGUUUUAGCGAUCACAACCACCGUGAGGCACCGAGCAGGGGAAUUGAAAGUAUAUAUAUUAUACAGUAUAUAUCUUCAUGUAACUGCACUAUUUGCAGUUCAUUUGAGUUUUUAAGUGUCUGGUCGCUUGGAUUUGCACCUUUUUGUUCCUAAUAGUGUGAGUAAUAAUUUAGAUUUAACUACAAAGUGCCGAUUGUCAGCUUAAAUUUGAGUAGGCUUACUAAAAAGGUUAAUUCAGAAUAAGAAUAACUCACAAGUAGUUCAGACCCAAAGGAGAGCUGCCAUUCAGACUGAGGUGGAGUUGUGUGUGUCUGUGAAAAAUGUCUAAUAUAUGCUCUGGCCAGAAAUGUUGAAAACAGAUGGAAUGUUAAUCCUCCAAUGUAUUUCAAAAAGGAUAUCUUGACGAUUUUGAGCUAUCCAGAGGUGUGUGAUUUUUCAUCAAUCACUCUUUAAGCAACUCAUACAGGAGCCUAUCUAUAAAAAAUGAUUGUAAUGCUUAAUGAGUUAAUACUCAUAAUAAUACUCACAAUAAUACUUUUGCACAAGCACUGUGUCCUUGUCCAAAUGGACCUGACAUAAUAAAGUGCUGGAAAUAUACCUGCCCACCUAUCAGGUAAAAGUGUUUUUGGGGAGACGGCCCAACUCCCAAAGUGCCAAGGGCCUAAUAGCAAGGAUUUAUCUACAGUGUUAUGUGAACCAUGCGAUUAAAACACGUCACUUCUGCA